AUGAGUUCCAUGAAUGCUCCAAGUGGGGAAAUAGAGCAUACAAAUUAUUUGUCUGAUCACAUUGGAGCUUUAUUUUUAAAUGAAGAAUACAGUGAUGUCACAUUCAUCGUCGAAGGUAAUAAAUAUCCUGCUCAUAAAGUUAUUUUGGCUUCGAGAAGUGAUUACUUUCGAGCACUCUUAUAUGGAGGUAUGAAAGAAUCUCAACAGACAGAAAUUGAAAUGAAAAGUGCUACAGUUGAAGCAUUCAAGGGUCUUUUGAAAUAUAUAUACACUGGUCAUAUAUCACUGACUAAUUUAAAAGAAGAAGUUAUAUUAGAUACAUUGGGUCUUUCUCAUCAGUAUGGAUUCAUUGAAUUAGAAUCAGCGAUUGGUGAUUACCUGAGAGAAAUUUUACAAAUAAGAAAUGUUUGUGGUAUUUUUGAUUCUGGUCGUCUUUAUCAGUUACAAUUCCUUACCAAAGUUUGUACCACUUUCAUGGAUGGUAACGCAUUAGAUGUUAUUUCACACGAAUCGUUUAAUCAUUUAUCACCCGAUGCUUUGAGGGAACUCUUACAAAGGGAUACUUUUUACGCUCCCGAAGUCGAAAUAUUUCGUGCCGUUUGGAAAUGGGCAAAAGCAAAUCCCGAAUGUGACAUUCAGGGAAUAUUACAAGUCGUACGAUUACCUCUCAUGUCCAUUGAAGAACUACUAAACGUUGUACGACCUGCUAAUUUGGUCAGUCCCGAAACCAUUCUCGAUGCCAUUCAAGCCAAAAUACAAGCUAAAGAUAGCGAAUUGAGAUAUAGAGGAUUACUAUUGCCGGAAGAAAACAUGGCUCAUCCUUCGAGAGGUACUCAAGUAUUAAAAGGAGAAAUGACGGGUGCUCUCCUCGAUGGUAACACAGACAAUUACGAUUUAGAAAGGGGAUACACUCGUCAUUCAAUAAACGAUAACGAAGAUCAUGGGAUUCUUAUCAAACUCGGAACUCAAUCCUUUAUCAAUCACAUAAAAAUGCUUUUAUGGGAUCGAGAUUUCAGGUCUUAUUCGUAUUACGUAGAAGUAUCAAUGGAUCAAAGGGAUUGGGUUAGGGUAGUGGAUCACACGAGAUACUACUGUCGUUCUUGGCAGUAUUUAUAUUUUAAGGAGAGAGUUGUCAGAUUUAUUAGAAUUGUAGGAACGAAUAACACGGUUAACAAAGUAUUCCACGUUGUUAGCUUUGAAGCCAUUUACACGAGCAAUAUGGUGACGUUAGAAAACGGAUUAAUAGUGCCUAAAGAAAACGUUGCAACGAUAAAAAAAAGCGCAAGAGUGAUCGAGGGUGUAUCGAGGGUUAGGGAUGCACUUUUAAACGGGGAAACAACCAAAUACGAUUGGGAUUCGGGUUAUACCUGUCACCAAUUGGGUUCGGGUGCUAUUCUAGUACAGUUGGGCCAACCGUACAUAAUUGAUUCAUUGAGACUGCUUUUAUGGGAUUGCGACGAACGGUCUUAUUCGUAUUACAUCGAAACAUCCGUCGAUAAUUGCGAAUGGGAAAUGGUGGCGGAUAGAACGAGAGAAAAUUGCAAAUCUUGGCAAACGCUUAAAUUCGAUAGGCGACCGGUUGUUUUCAUUAAAAUAACCGGUACUCACAAUACGGCAAACGAAGUUUUUCAUUGCGUUCAUUUCGAAUGUCCCGCACCGUCGGAAAUGGGUGAAAAUCGUUCGCAAAUGGCCACGGCAACGACAACAGCAAUCACAACAACCGCAACCACAACCACAACAACUACAUUGCAGCACCAGCACCAGCAACACGUGGAUGGUGAUGACGUAGUAGGAAGUAGCGAUUCGAAAAAUUUGACAUUUACAAAAGACAAAAUUUAA